UUUUUCUAUGAUUUAAUAAAAUUUUCUUUUUGAAUAAUGUUUUUGAAUUGCAGAGAUAAAAUGCCUAAACAAUCCAAGGGUAUCAGCAAAGAGGACCCAGACUAUGAAGAGAAGAGAAAACGUAACAAUGAAGCCAUCAGAAAGUCAAGAGAGAAGGCAAAGAACAAACAGAAUGAAACCCAGGCCCAGGUGAAGGCCUUGAAGGAGGACAACAUGAGGAUGGAAGGGAUGAUUAAAGUUGUGGAGGGAGAACUUAGUAUACUUGAAGGAAUAUUCAAAGCACAUGCCAGUAAACCGACAAACUCAAGUAAUGCUACAAGCAGUGUAUCAGUUCCCAGCAGUGCUACCGUUCCUAGCAAUGCUACCAUUAUCAGCAAUGCUACUGUUCCAAUUAGUUCCUUUAUCUUAGAAACUUCAGAGCAAGGGUUCCAUGAAAGUAGCUGGAACAGUAAAUUAAACACAGCAGAUCCGUUCCAUACUGAAGGAAGUGGGUUGGAGAAGAGUGAUAAAACAGAAAGUAUUGGAGACAUUAAUGUAGGAAGUACUAGUGGAGGUUGGACGAAUCCAUUGGAUCAAAUUGAUGCUUUCAGCACCAUUUAUCCUGUAGAUUCUUCGGAUAAUUUCGAGGAUUUCUUGCAAAGUUUGAAAUAAUUUUACAAAUUACGUUGACAAAAUAAUGUUUACUCACGGUUGUGCAAGUAUUUCUUCCUGAUUUUGCAAAAAUUUAUGAAAAUUUAAGAUUAUUAAAUAUUUAUCUUAUCUGAGUGUGUUCAGUUUAAUGUUAUGUAAUUUUAGCAAAAAGAAUUUAGUUUUUUUUACAUUUAAAGAAGAUUUCCAUUAUAUCUUAACUGCUUAUUUUUUUUGUAAAAGCACGACUAUUUUUUUUAAGUAACAUAUGUAAAUUUUACAACAAAUUUUGAAAAUUUGUAUUCUGCAACCUUUGAAGUGUGCAACUCUAGGUAUCUUAAACAGUAUAUUUACUUACAUGCAUUUAAUUAAAGUUCAAUUAAAAAAUAGUAAUAAAAAAGAAACAAUUUCAUAUGAAAUGAAACAGAAUUUUCUCUUUAAACCCUUCAAACAACAUUUGUCAUUAAUACUCAAUUUUAGAAUAAUUAAUCCCGCCACAGUUGGAUUAAAAUAUGGAAACACUGUCCGGUAUUCUAUGUUCAAAGAAUUAAUAAAUUGAGUGCCUUAUUAACUAUUGAUAUGACUUAUCGUAUAUUUCUGGCAAUUAUCAUAUUUCAGAA